AUGGCCGCUGCUCGUCUCGCCGUCCUCCGCGCCCUCUGGUCUCCGACGAAAACGGUUCCAAAUCUCACCGUUCGAGACAUUCGAUUCAUCGACUUUGCGGCCCUCCGGCAUGCUGGUUUCGACGGCGUCGUCUUUGACAAGGACAACUGUCUCACACAUCCACGCGAAGAUGCACCCGUUCCUCACCUCGUCAACACGCUACGCGAGGUCACAACCGUAUUUCCAAAGCACCAUGUGCUCGUCGUGUCAAACUCUGCGGGCUCAUACGGCGACGACGUAGAGUGGAUUGAAGCAGACGCCGUCGAAAGAGCAUUUUCACGCGCUCUCAAGGCAGAAACGACGACAGAGGACGCUCCUGUUCAUGUCCUACGCCACCGACGCAAGAAGCCGAGCAAAAAAUGCGCAAAGGAGAUUUACAACUACUUUGAGCAAGUCAAAGCUUGGCGAAACCCACCUCUGCUCUCCCAACCGCCGACGACCUCGGAUGCGCAGGUUCGCAUAACGCAGGAACAAGACGCUGUACCGAGGCUAUCGACAGCUUUUACACCGUUUGAAGCGAGUCUGACACUCAAUUCGUCUUCAAGUUCGACUGUCCUCGACUCGGUCUUGCCCGUCAAGCCCCUCCGACUACCUGUGGAUCCUGCCACUCUCCCCUCCGCUUCGUCCACCAAACCACGCCUUGUCUUUGUAGGUGACCGAAUCAUGACCGAUGUUCUCCUCGCAAAUGAGAUGGGAGCCUAUAGCGUCUUGACCACGCACCUAUGGAAACCAAACGACGUUGUCUUCUUACGUAUCAUCGAGAGCACGUUUUUGCGAAUGUUUGGUCCUACAGACUUGAUCGCCCACAUCAGACGCCUUUACGAAUUCGGGAUGGACCUGCUGGAACUAUACCCACCAGAAGUCUCCUCGGAGAUCAUCGCGUACGCGUGUCUUACAAAACAUCACCAAGAUUGGGAAGAGGUUAUCUCUGUCGAUCUACUACUCGAUCUAACACUUGUGUCGUCUACCUGGCAAGCAUUUAUUAUCGGCACGCCGGGCUUGUGGGCCGACAUCUUCCUCGAUUCGCGUCAGGAAGAAUUAGCCCUUAAGCUUGCACUACAAUGCGAACUAUCUAGAGAUCACGCAUUGUCAAUCUCAGUUGGCCUAUUAAAUUCCACCGUGUCAGGAGAUUUCUUGCCUUUACUCGACAACCAUCGGCACCGAAUACAAGAACUCACCGUCCUCGAUGAGAUACAAUUAUCAAUAUUUUUCAACACCGUUAGCUCACUUCCGUGCUUGAAGUCACUACUAUGUCAAAAAUGUCGUAUUGGCGAAGCCACCACCAGAUGUAUCGACCAGCACCCAUCACUACAGGUUGUCAAAGGGAUAUACGUCAAUCAGCAGGUUCUCACAUCCAACUGGCUACAUUGUCUCAGGGAGGUUGACGUGGGUGUUCCGCUACAUGAACUAGUGCCACACCUCGAUGCUCUCUCCAACAUCCGUCAUAUACGAUUUAAAUCCAUCAACCGGCCCCAGGAGGGGAUUAGAGAGGUGGCACUGGACUACCCUUUUACUUCUUUGAUGGGUAUCGGGGAGCAGCAAGGGUUGAAUUUGCACCUUUGGCCACAUCUCAAGAAGCUCCAUGCCCAUGGAGGCCUGAAAAUCGAUUGGAUCGGAUCAGGACUUAAAAACCUUCGCUCAAUAACUCUGGCACAAGGCAGCUCUGCAAAAGAUCCGUAUCAAGGCACUAGACUCCUGUACAUCCUCUCCCUUUACCCCCAUCAAUUCCCUGUUCUCACCGACCUCAAUCUUGUACCACGCAUAGAAUGGGAUAUCCUCUUUUGUUGUCUCGAAGCACGCAACGCCCAGAAGGUCGAGUCAAAUGUGCGUAUAGAGGCCAUCACAUUCAAUGGAGAAAUACCAUUUGGAUUUCCAGAACUCAUUUCGAGACUUCUACGCGGAGAGGAAGUCAGAAGACCAUCUAAUCUCAACCUCUCAUGGAUUGGCAAUCUUGAUCUCCUCCAAGACAGCAAUCUGUAA